GUAUCUGGGGAAAAGUGACGUGAAUUUAACAAACAUCAAAGUCGUGCCGUUUGGUGUAUGGCAGAAUGUCGAUGAAAACCUGCGAUUUAUGAUUCUAAUGGACGGAGUUCAUCCUGAGAUGGAUACCUGCGUAAUCGUGGAGUAUAAAGGUCACAUGAUACUGAACACAGUCGAUUGCACAAGACCAAACAACGGACGUCUCCCACACGGUGUCGACGUUAUGAUGAGUGACUUUGCCGGUGGCGCAUCUGGAUUUCCAAUGACAUUUCAUGGCGUCAAAUACACAGAAAGCUGGAAGAGUGAUUUCAUUAAGAACGAAAGGAAGAAACUGUUAAACUAUAAGACGCAGCUGGUGAAUUCCCUACAGCCCAAGAUCUACUGUCCAUUCGCUGGUUACUUCACUGAAGCUCACCCUUCAGACAGGUACAUAAAGGAGACAAACAUCAAGAACAAUCCAGUAGACCUGAACGAAUCCAUAAGGAAGAGAUGCCCAAAUACCUUAACCUGGACUCCUUUACCUGGUUCAGUGUUGGAUUUGGCCCUCGCUCUGGCUGACAAAUCCAACAGGAAGGCCAUUACUGAACCGCCAAAUGGUUCAAAGAUCUAUAAGGACAGUUGGGACUUUGACUUGUAUUUGGAUGAGCUGAAUUCACCACAGACUGUGAUAGCUGUGGGUGAGAAACAUUCACAUUCAUGGGUGAGAUCAAUAAGUCCAUUUAUACUCUAAAUCUUCAGAUGUGAAAGUGAUACUAAACAGUCAUCACAUGUGACUUUCAGAUGUGAAAAUGAAGAUUUGGAGUAAAAAAUGACUUCAGUAUUGAUCUGUUUCUCACCCACACCUAUCAUAUCACUUCUGAAGACAUGGAUUUAGCCACUGGAAUCUUAUGGAUUACUUUUAUGCUCAUGUGAUUUAUUUUGGAGCUUCAAAGCU